GUGGCGUGUAUGUCAAAAACUAUAUACUUAACUAAAACGCGUGCUUUGCUUCAACAAAUUUGAUCUGAUAUGUAGGUAUAGCUUAGUAUAGUAAACUAACAAUCUCAUUGCAUUCUUCAAACUGAAUGAGUGAUUUGAAUCGAUUACUCGGAUUUUGUUCACAUAACACUCAUACCAAUAGUUAGUUAUUAUAGAUAUCAUACUCUGUUUUCAUAAAGUUUCUCAAGAAAUGACAGCAUUUGGAUGGAAAAGAAAAGCUGGCGCAAAUCUGGUAAAAAAUGUUCCAACUUUUGAAGCUGACCCAGAUGAUUCUUCCUUUGAAAUUAAAAUAAUCCAAAAUAAUUUCAGCAUAAAAAAGUAUAAACACAAGAAACUUCUAUUUCAUUCUGACGUAAAACUUAAAAUUGAACAACUUAAAGCCGAAGGCAUAAAAUUGGCUGAAAAGCACAAAUUUGAGGAAGCCAUAAUCGAAUGGGAUAAAGCUCUUAGCUAUUUGCCUACAGAUGACAAAAUUUUGGAAAUGAAAGCUCAGGCUUUGCUGCAAUUAAAUUGCCACUUUCCUGCUAUUCAAACCGCUGAAAAAGCAAUAAAGUUUAACCCAUGCUGGUGGGUUGCAUAUCAAACUCUUGGAAGAGCACAACUAGGCAUUGGUGAGCUAGAAAUGGCUAAAAGGAGCUUUUCAAAAGCCAUUCAUCUAAAUCCAACUGAGAGAGAACUGUGGGAUGAGGAUUUAAAUUGGACUUUGAACCUUUUUAAGCAAAAGGAAACAUUAGAUGUUUCCAACGAAUCAAAAAAUGAAGUAAACGCAGACAGUUCUAUUAAAUAUGACGAAGAGGGAUAUAUUUUAGAUUGUGACAUCUCUUCAAAAUCAAAAAGUUGA